UCCUCUCUCCACAAUUAUUCAUCCCCAAGACUUCGGCAAAUAGACUCCUUCAUAGAGGACCCUUCGGAGUAGCGGACAACGUUUCCAAGUGGUGGAAUGUCGUGGAGCGGACCGGUGGCAGGCACCGCACCGUACCAGCCGCCGCAAUAUGCGAAUGGCCAGGCAGGCUUCAGUCAACCUCAGCCAUUCCAGUAUGGCCAACAACUAGCAUACGGGCAAUAUCAAUCUGGACCAUCAUUUCCCCAGCCGGCCGCGCCUCAGCGCCCGCCCGACAGCAGAGCGCCUAAGAAGAAGGGCAAUCCUAUAAUCACGCGAUAUCCUCCUCCACCAGGCUAUCGCGGUCCCGCCCAGCCUCAAGGACCGUUCGGCACUAACCAGUAUCCAAACCAGUAUCAACAGCCACACCAACCGUACCCGCAAGGCCCUCCAGCACCUCCUGCUUAUUCAAAUCAAGGCUACCAGGCCGCUCCCCCAACGCCAGCAUAUUCGCCACAGAGCUAUGGGCCUCCUCAGACUCAUCCGCAGCAGCCGACAUAUCCUCAGGCCGGUUAUCCGCAGACACCGACCUAUCAGUGGCCUCAGCAUCAACAGAGCUAUCCCCGGCAACCGGCCUAUUCGCAAACCCCAAGCUAUCCUAAUGGCCAAGGUUAUGCUCCGCCCCAUAAUACCUACCAGGGGUAUCCACCUCAACCAGCGCCAGUAGACGCAAAUCAACAAGCGUACCCCCAAGCCCAAGGCUGGCCACAAUCGAAUGAACAAGCCGCCUAUCCCACAGCUAGUCAAUACAACUCCUUUAACGGCCCUCCGAACGGGCUUCCCGGGCCUGAUCCAAAUGCCACACCGACCCCGACGUCGGCCUAUCCUGCCACAACUCAAACUACUCCGACGCUUGGCCAGCCAGAAAGUGUUACAAGCGCACCAGGAGAGAAACCACAGUUGUUUUUGGCAUGGGAUGAUUGGGACUUUGACUUCGACGGUGCUAUCUGGCCAAAGGCUAACGAGCCUGUUGAUCCGAAUUUGAGUCUAGGUGUCAUAAUUUGGCGCCCCGCCAAACAGGUGACGCGCGCGCUGCCUUCAACGUUUUCCGACGCCGAAGAGCAAGCGCUCAAACCGCCUGCAGAGAAGCUUGGCAACGGAGAGUCGGUGUCCAUCUACUUUACGCCGGAGAACUCGCACGAGGCUUUCUUGGACGUGAGGCAGACCGACGAGUGGGAUAAGAUCAAGAGAGAUCCGAUUUUUGUGGUUUUUACAGACGAAGAGAUGUCUCGAAAUCUCGUGUCGAUCGAAGAGUGCAUUGCAUUGCGUGACCGCCCUGAUGAGCCUCUGCACGACGUCAAAGAGGAAGAAGACGAAGAGAUGCACGACUCGACAUGGAAUGUUAUGGACCACCUUGAGCAGGUACUGUCAGCCAAUACUGAGGACCCUAAACCCAUGAUGCCCCGUCAAGAAACGGAUCUAUCGAGAGACCAGAUGCAGGAGGACAUACUUGCAAGACUAGGAGUGACGGGAACUCCAAAACCACCGUCGAAUGAUCCGAUGGCAAUCCCCUUCCCCUUUGACGAAAAGCCUUCAGCUUCCUUACCCGAGAAGCCUCCCGCACCGCCACCCGCUCAGAUUCCUCCACGUCCAGAACAGGGCCCGCAUAGGGCACAUUCUUACGGUGGCCAUGGCAACUCCACAUAUGGAGCUCCGCCCCAACGUCCCUAUGGCUCUAUGUCAUCCUCCCUACACUCACGGCCGCCGCCUCCAGGCCGCCAACCUUACGAUCCUUGGAAUGCCAGCAAUUCGCAGAAUCAGCCCAACGGUCACGCUUUUGAUGGCUCGCGAGAAAGCCCUGCACGCUCUGAAGGCAGCAAUCGAACGCUUGCCGGCUCCGACUUUGAACCCGAGAAGCCUGCUACCAAUGGGGCUGAUAAAGCUCCCCCGCCUGUGCCAUCACUGAAACGCAGUGACAGCUCCUUGACCCGUAAAAGGAGUUACGAAGAUUCGGACCAAGACGACGAGAAACUGCGUCAACAAGACGACCAUACAAAGCGCAAGCGACGUUCCGAAGUCGCUGCCGCCUAUAGUCGGCGCUAGAACGCCAAGUCUUGCUUAUCGAACCUAUCCUAAGUCGUACACGUACAAUAUCCUCCGCGUUUCACUGAGAAACUACGGAAGGCUAGACUCUAGUCACCUACUCGAAUCUUUGUU